UUGUUGGGAAUUUGUCUUCUCGGUGGUUCCGUUUGUGCGGAAGAGAGGGGAGCGUUUGGGGAACUUUCUGACGUCACCCGCCCCACCUCCCGGAAUCUCAUCACAACUUCUUUGGAGCCCUGAUCGAUGGUUGUAAUGGACCCCAAACUUUUCAGGACAUGAAGUGAACAAUGGACGGCGGUUCCGCUGCGUCGGCCUUCCUGACCGACAGCCUGGAGCUGGAGCUGGGGACCGAGUGGUGCAGACCCCCCUGCUUCUCUUGCGCUUUUGAAAACAGAGGAGUUGGAGGAGCGAAACAUUUUUCUGGGGACUCCUACCUUUCCAGCGGAGCCCUUAAGCGAUUAAUUUUGAGUCUUGAUCCUUUACCAACUAAUUUUGAAGAGGAUACAGUGGAACUAUUUGGCAUUCAGUGGGUUACUGAAACGGCCUUAGUGAAUUCGUCUAGAGCGCUCUUUCAUUUAUUCAGGCAACAACUAUAUAACUUGGAAACCUUAUUACAGGCCAGCUGUGAUUUUGGGAGGAUAUCAACCCUGCACUCCAAAGCAGGCAAUAUUAGGCAGCAAUGCGUAACAUUUCUUCAUUAUGUUAAAGUUUUCAUCUUCAGGUUCCUGACAGUGCAGAAUGCUCAGAAUCAUGCUCCUGUUCAUCCCUAUGAGGUUCUGGAGGCUCAGCUUCCCUCACUGCUGGUUGAUGAGCUUCAUGGAUUACUCUUAUAUAUUGGACACCUAUGUGAACUUCCCAGCAUUAAUCGGGGAGCAUUUAUGAAUCAAAAUCAGAUUGAGCUUUUCCCUCCAUCGUGGCAUUUAUUACAUCUCCACUUGGAUAUUCAUUGGCUGGUGCUAGAAAUUCUUCAGAUACUUGGUGAAAAAUUGAAACAAGUUGUAUAUAGUCAGCAGUUUUUUAAUCUGGCUGGUGACAAUUUAACCAAUGUCAGCCUAUUUGAAGAGCACUGUGAAAAUCUCCUUGGUGAUUUAGUAAGGCUGUCACUCAACAGAUAUGACAAGGUUAGGCCUUCUGAAGCAUUAACGAGUCACCAUUGCCUGUGUCCAUGCAUUAAAGAAUUAUGGGUUCUACUCAUUCAUCUUCUAGACCACAGAAGUAAAUGGACUCUAUCGGAAUCGUUUUGGAACUGGUUGAAUAAACUACUUAAAACACUCUUUGAAAAAUCAAGUGAGCAGAGAAGACCUUCUGCACCUGUAAUCCAGUCCAGGGAUCCAUUAGGUUUUAGUUGGUGGAUUAUUACUCAUGUAGCAUCACUUUACCAGUUUGAUCGCCACGGAGCGCCAGAUGAAAUGAGACAAAUGGAGUCAAAUUGGAACUUUGUGGAAAAACUGCUGAAAAGGUCCAUCAAUGUUCAGGAUGGUAUACUAGAAGAGCAAUUGCGAAUGUAUCUUCACUGUUGUUUGAGACUAUGUGAUUUUUGGGAGCCAAACAUUACAGUUGUCACCAUUCUCUGGGAAUAUUAUAGUAAGAACCUGAAUAGUUCUUUCAGUAUUUCUUUGAAAGGCCUUACAAAUAUUAAGUCACCCUUGUCUAUGCUAGAAAUGGUGAAGACCUGCUGUUGUGAUAAACAAGAUUACGACCUGUAUAAAUCCAGUAGUUACACCAUUUUCCUUUGCAUUUUGGCAAAAGUUGUUAAGAAAGCAAUGAAGAACAGUGGUCCUCAUCAUUGGAAACAAGUCAAAGGAAGAAUAUAUUCUAAAUUCCAUCAAAAAAGAAUGGAAGAACUAACUGUAGUUGGUCUGCAGAACUUUUUCAACCUUUUUCUACUGUUGGCAGCUGUUGCAGAGGUAGAAGAUGUAGCAAGUCAUGUUCUAGACCUCCUGAAUUUCCUCAAGCCUGCCUUGAAAACAUCACCUCUCAUUUGGAAGGGUCAGGCAGCCUUCUUGUUGAUGUAUACCCAGAAAAGCCUGGACAUUGGUGUUUUGGCUGAGAAAUUUUCAGGUGCUUUCCAGGCAAAAGCAAGGGAGUUCUUGGUAUCUAAGAAUGAUGAAAUGGGACAAAGACAGACUCUCUGGACACUUAUUUCCAUCUACAUCGAUGGCGUUCAAGAAGUGUUUGAGACAAGCCAUUGCUUGCAUCCUUCCCAUGAAAAACUGCUUAAUGAUGGGUUUAGUAUGCUUCUGCCAGCUUGCCAAGGACCUGAACUUAGGACAGUAUUGCACUUUCUACAGGCUGUUCUGGCCAGAAUCAGGGAUAUGCAUCAACAAUUGUGUCAGGAACUUCAGAAAGAAAAUGUGGACCUGGCUGUGCAGUCUUCAUUGUUGGCUAAAGAGCGCCACCUUGCUGCAGCUGCCAGUGCACUAUGGAGACAUUUCUUUUCAUUUUUGAAGAGUCAGAGAAUGUUACAAACAGUGCCUUUCUCACAAGUUGCGGAUACCGCUGCAGAUUUUACUUUGCUAGCAAUGGACAUGCCCAGCACAGCUCCAUCAGAUCUGCAGCCUCAACCAGUUAAAGCAAUGAUACAACUUUUUGGUUGGGAUGAUAUCGUCUGCCCUAAAGUUGUAGCACGAUAUUUAAGUCAUUUCCUCCAAAAUAGCAUGUUAUGUGAAGCACUUUCUAAUUCAGGCUGUGUAUCUUUUCAAACCUUAACUAUAAGAUCAUGGAUCCGUUGCAUUUUGCAAAUGUAUAUAAAAAGCCUCAGUUUACCUGAUGAUUUAUUAGUUGAUAUAAAUCCGGAAAAAGCAGUUGAAAAAGAGUACAUGGAACAGUUGGCCGAACUGACAAGGUUGCUGUUUAAGCUCCCAGAAGUAAAGAAUAUUUUCUCAGAGGCUCAAGCUGAAUAUCUGCCCAUCCCAGAAGACCCUAAAAAAGCACUUGCCCAAUUCCUUGAGGCUAUUGGUAUAACUUACAGGAAUCUGCAGAAUUUUUCUGAUAAAUCUGCCAUGGCUACAAAGUCCUUAGAAUACCUUGGUGAAAUAUUAAAAUAUAUAAAACCUUAUUUGGGAAAAAAAAUUUCCAGUGCAGGGCUGCAACUGACAUAUAGGAUGAUGGGAAUUCUUGUUAAAUCAUGGGCACAGAUCUUUGCCACCUCCAAAGCCCAAAACUUGCUGUUCCGGAUCAUAGAUUGUUUACUGCUGCCGCAUUCGGUGCUACAGCAAGAGAAGGAGCUGCCUGCACCUAUGUUGACUGCCAUUCAGAAGAGCCUGCCUUUCUAUCUCCAGGGAAUGUGUAUCGUGUGUUGUCAGUCUCAAAAUCCAAAUGCCUAUUUGAAUCAGUUGCUGAGGAGUGUUAUUGAGCAGUAUAUUGGGCGGUUUCUUCCAGCUUCACCACAUGUUUUAGAUCUUGAACAACAUCCUAUUUUGUUGGCAUUGAGAAACUCGGCCACUCUUGCACAGAUGUCAUCUCUAAAGAAAUGCAUUGUACAAGUCAUAAGGAAAUCCUACCUUGAGAGUAAACAGUCCUUCUUCCCUCCACGCUUAGCACCCAUUCUGGCUUUCAUUCUCCAGCUCACCAAAGAAACUAGCAUAGAUGCUUCUGAGGUUGAACUCCUCCUCCCUGGAGUCUUAAAAUGUUUGGUGUUGGUCAGUGAAGCCCAAGUGAAAAGGCUGGCCACCGAGAACUUGCAGUGCAUGGUAAAAGCCUGCCAAGCAGGGUCAGAAGGAGAACCUGCCGCCCAGCUGACUUCAGUGUUUAGGCAUUUUAUCCAGGACUAUGGAAUGAGAUACAGUAAUCAGAUUUACAGCAUUUUAGAAACAGUAGCAGCAUUGGACCAGCAGGUUGUCAUUCACUUGAUUCCUGCCCUCACUCAGUCUCUGAAGGAUUCAGAGCAGAAAUAUGGCAUUGGCAGAAAUAUGGCACAAAGGGAAGCCUACAGCAAACUUCUCUCUCUCCUAGGACAAGUGGGACAAGAUGAGAUACAGAAACUGGAAAAUGACAACUAAUGUGUUUUGUGGUUCAUCUUUUCUAUUUAUUAUAACUAUCUAACGCCACUUAGCAUCAUUCUGACUCCUAAUUGUUUGCUGUUCUGUUAAAAUUAUUUUCUAGGACUUUUUUCCUGACUUACCUGUAAGUAUACUAAAUAAGUAAAUAAAGUUUAAGUUACGGGAUCUCUGGAAAUUGGCAAAACUGCAUUCUAUUUUAGUUAAACUAAAUUAAAGAAACUUUUUGUAACCGGGAGUGUUAUCUGUGUACAGCUAAGCAGGUUUGUACUGGUUGAUCCCCUGGAUUUUUUACCAUAAUGUGACUUAGUAUCUUGUAAUUUGUUUGUGUUGUGUUUUUUACAAGUUAUGUUCUAAUUAGUUUUUUUUGAAUGGUGGGAAGAGGUUAGGACUAGGACUAUUUGUUAAUCUUUUACAUAUAUAUUAAGUGAGAGGCAAGUUAAUAAAUGAAACCCUUAUCAAACCUGCUUAACUCUGUGAGGAAUGAGACUGAAUCUGCCUAAAUGAUUAUACAGAUAAUAUAUAAAUUUUUUUUAAGAAUUAAGCCAACAGUGUUCGUUUAGGUUCCAACAAUUGCCUGAUGUUUUUCUUAUUCUUUCUUUCGGAGUUCUCAUUAAUAGACAAGGAGCGUAAGCAACAGUCUGUAAGAAGGGGAUUAAUAAUAUUCUGGAAAAUCUUUGUAUUACAAGUUAGCAGAAGAGGCCUGAGAAGUCAGCUGAUUUACCUCCUUGCUCUUCAGUUAGAGCCUCUUAUUACUUAGCAUCUUAUGUGUUUACAGGGAACCAGUUUAAUUUCUUUAAGCAGGUAUUGCCUCUUAACUCUGUAACAGUCUCAUCUAGGUUUAUUUUACCAGUUGGGCUCUUGACUCCUUUUUGUGGUAAGCAUUAUUUGGUAAAAAGAGCUCUAGUCCUAGUGUUUGGAACCCACCUGCUUCUCAAACCUAGCUCUGCUUUGUGACCUUGAGCAAUUACUUAACCUUUCUGAGCCUCAGUUUCUUCAUGGAGAAAAAAAGAAUAAUCUGUUUUCUCUUUUAUAGCUUUCUGGUAAGAUUCAGUAGGAAAAUGUAUGUGAAAUAUUUGGUGACCUGUAUUCUGUUCGUAUGUGUACAAAUAUGUACACUUUGAAUAUGUAUUAUUCAUGCACAAAGGUAAAAAAAACGCCUCUCCACUCUGUCCCUCUUCCUUUAAUGUCCUGGAUGAAUGAUCCUAUUUCUCUUUUUGUGGUGUUUUCUUAUGCAUCACGUUUACUGUCUUUCAAACAAGUUCUUGCUUCUUGGGACUCUGGUCUUCAUGGUUCUGUUCCUUCAAGAAUACAUUUCAGCCCUUUUCUGGCUCAAAAAGUAUUUUAAAAAUGAAAUGUAUUGCAAUCAGCAAAGUAUAGUUAAUAGACCACUCCUAAUUGUAACCUGAAGUCUAAAGGAGUGUCUGUUGUUUUCAUGGUAUACAGGUGGUCUAGCCCCCCCAGAUCAGCUGUCCUCACUUCAGUGAAAUGAAUGAAAGUCUCUUUACCUUUACUUAAUAGACUUCAUAGCAAUGAAUUUCUUUUCAUUAUUAUGAUCAUUAUGAUAGUGAUUUGUUACACUAUUUUAUCUAUUUAAGGUGAUGCUCUUAAACAAGUUAUUGUGUAGUUUAUAUAUUUUUUAUUUUCCAAGGGAAGACUGAUAAAGGUAUCUUUGAGAAUCUUGCUCCUUAGGGGCUGAAACUUUUAAGGGAUAAGAAAAGCUGCUGAAUCGUGCAUUAGGGUGUAUAACUGGAGCUGUUAAGAAUAACUAAAGUUUAUACCUAAAAAUCAGUUGCAACAAAAAGUCUGUAACAAUACAGGUAUAUGUAUGUUUUUUAUUAAGAAAAUUUUAAAGCUGAUUUUUUAUUUUGUUUAAUUAAAGAAAAAAUUUGUGACUUAGUUUUUUUCCUUGAAAAUCUUCACUGGCCCUUCAGUCUUUACUAUAGUCUGGUCUUUGUUCAUUCCCAGACUUAGAGUACCUUCUAUCUGCUUCCUUAAUACCCACUUUUCUCUAAAUAGCAUUGUCUCUGAGGCUGCUGCUCUACCUUUUUUUUGUUUUGUUUUUUUAAUAUAUCUUUAUUGAUUUCAGAGAGAGAGA